GCCGCGGGCGUCCCCGCACCAGCAGAAGUCGGAGUCGCUGUUGGGGGCGGUGUCUAUGGUUGAGCUGAGGGCGCAGGCGCCACGGCCAGUCGAGCUGGGUUCCAAGGCGGCUGGCGGCGGUAGCGUCUCUGUUUCCUUGUGGGCGGUCGCGCGGCCCUGGGUAGUCUGUAGAGAAUGCCAAAUGAGGGAAUCCCCCACUCAAGUCAAACUCAGGAGCAAGACUGUUUACAGAGUCAACCUGUCAGUAAUAAUGAAGAAAUGGCAAUCAAGCAAGAAAGUGGUGGUGGUGGGGAGGUGGAGGAGUACCUGUCCUUUCGUUCUGUGGGUGAUGGGCUGUCCACCUCUGCUGUGGGGUGCGCAUCAGCAGCUCCGAGGAGAGGGCCAGCCCUGCUGCACAUCGACCGACAUCAGAUCCAGGCGGUAGAGCCUAGCGCCCAGGCCCUUGAGCUGCAGGGUUUGGGUGUGGACGUCUAUGACCAGGACGUGCUGGAACAGGGAGUGCUUCAGCAGGUGGACAAUGCCAUCCAUGAGGCCAGCCGUGCCUCCCAGCUCGCUGACGUGGAGAAGGAGUAUCGGUCGGUCCUGGAUGACCUCACGUCAUGUACGACAUCCCUAAGGCAAAUCAAUAAAAUUAUUGAACAGCUUAGCCCUCAAGCUGCCACCAGCAGAGACAUCAACAGGAAACUAGAUUCUGUAAAACGACAGAAGUAUAAUAAGGAACAACAGCUAAAAAAGAUCACUGCAAAACAAAAGCAUCUCCAGGCCAUCCUUGGAGGAGCAGAGGUGAAGAUUGAACUAGAUCACGCCAGUCUGGAGGAGGAUGCAGAGCCGGGGCCAUCCAGUCUUGGCAGCAUGCUCAUGCCUGUCCAGGAGACUGCCUGGGAAGAGCUCAUCCGCACUGGCCAGAUGACACCUUUUGGUACCCAGAUCCCUCAGAAACAGGAGAAAAAGCCCAGAAAAAUCAUGCUCAAUGAAGCAUCAGGCUUCGAAAAGUAUUUGGCAGAUCAAGCAAAACUGUCUUUUGAAAGGAAGAAGCAAGCUUGUAAUAAAAGAGCAGCUAGAAAAACUCCAGCCCCAGUCACGCCUCCAGCCCCAGUGCAAAAUAAACCAAACAAGAAAGCCAGAGUUCUGUCCAAAAAAGAGGAGCGUUUGAAAAAGCACAUCAAGAAACUCCAGAAGAGGGCUUUGCAGUUCCAGGGGAAAGUGGGAUUGCCAAAGGCAAGGAGACCUUGGGAGUCAGACAUGAGGCCAGAGGCAGAGGGAGACUCUGAGGGUGAAGAGUCUGAGUAUUUCCCCACAGAGGAGGAGGAAGAGGAGGAAGAUGACGAGGUAGAGGGGGCAGAGGCGGACCUGUCUGGAGAUGGUACUGACUAUGAGCUGAAGCCUCUGCCCAAGGGCGGGAAACGGCAGAAGAAAGUGCCAGUGCAGGAGAUUGAUGAUGACUUUUUCCCAAGUUCUGGGGAAGAAGCUGAAGCUGCUUCUGUAGGAGAAGGAGGAGGAGGAGGUCGGAAAGUGGGAAGAUACCGAGAUGAUGGAGAUGAAGAUUAUUAUAAGCAGCGGUUAAGUCCCAAGAUGCCUCGAACACUAAGUUUACAUGAAAUAACUGACCUUUUAGAGACAGAUGACAGCAUAGAAGCAAGUGCUAUAGUGAUACAACCACCUGAAAAUGCUACAGCACCUGUUUCUGAUGAGGAAUCAGGAGAUGAAGAAGGUGGAACAAUAAAUAAUCUGCCAGGUUCUUUGUUGCACACAGCUGCGUAUCUUAUUCAAGAUGGCUCUGAUGCUGAGUCUGACUCAGAUGAUCCCUCAUACGCACCUAAAGAUGACUCUCCUGAUGAAGUUCCAUCUACGUUUACUGUGCAGCAACCUCCACCAUCAAGGAGGAGGAAAAUGACAAAAAUUCUUUGCAAAUGGAAAAAAGCCGACCUAACUGUACAACCCGUAGCAGGUAGAGUUACAGCACCACCAAAUGAUUUCUUCACCGUAAUGAGAACUCCCACAGAAAUUCUUGAACUUUUUCUUGAUGACGAGGUCAUUGAACUCAUUGUCAAGUACUCCAACUUAUAUGCUUGCAGUAAAGGUGUACAUCUUGGCUUGACUAGCUCUGAAUUCAAAUGUUUUCUGGGAAUUAUUUUUCUGAGUGGUUAUGUCUCAGUUCCUAGAAGGCGUAUGUUUUGGGAACAAAGAACAGAUGUGCAUAAUGUACUGGUUAGUGCUGCCAUGAGACGUGACCGGUUUGAAACUAUAUUUUCUAAUUUGCAUGUUGCUGACAAUGCAAAUUUGGAUCCAGUGGACAAAUUUUCCAAAUUGCGACCUCUCAUAAGCAAACUUAAUGAGAGAUGCAUGAAAUUUGUUCCAAAUGAAACAUAUUUCAGCUUUGAUGAAUUCAUGGUUCCUUAUUUUGGUCGUCACGGGUGCAAACAAUUUAUUCGGGGAAAGCCCAUUCGGUUUGGCUAUAAGUUUUGGUGUGGUGCCACCUGUCUGGGCUACAUUUGCUGGUUUCAGCCGUAUCAGGGUAAAAACCCAAAUACUAAACAUGAGGAAUAUGGUGUCGGUGCGUCACUUGUCCUUCAGUUUAGUGAGGCACUUACAGAGGCACACCCUGGACAAUACCAUUUUGUAUUCAAUAACUUUUUCACCAGUAUUGCACUUCUUGAUAAGCUCAGUUCAAUGGGACAUCAGGCAACAGGUACAGUGAGAAAGGAUCACAUUGACAAAGUUCCACUGGAAUCAGAUGUAGCUUUAAAGAAAAAAGAAAGAGGCACAUUUGAUUAUCGAAUUGAUGGCAAAGGCAAUAUUGUCUGCAGAUGGAAUGAUAACAGUGUUGUCACUGUUGCCUCAUCUGGUGCUGGUAUCCAUCCCCUGUGUCUUGUCAGUCGUUACUCCCAGAAACUGAAAAAGAAGAUCCAAGUUCAGCAGCCAAACAUGAUCAAAGUGUAUAACCAGUUCAUGGGAGGCGUAGGCAGAGCUGAUGAAAACAUUGAUAAGUAUCGGGCAUCAAUCCGUGGAAAGAAAUGGUAUUCAAGCCCUCUUUUGUUCUGUUUCGAAUUGGUCUUACAAAAUGCUUGGCAAUUGCAUAAAACAUAUGAUGAGAAACCAGUGGAUUUUCUGGAGUUUCGUCGACGUGUGGUAUGCCAUUAUCUGGAGACCCAUGGUCAUCCUCCAGAACCUGGCCAAAAAGGAAGACCUCAGAAGCGUAACAUUGACUCACGUUAUGAUGGCAUAAAUCAUGUGAUAGUCAAACAGGGAAAACAAACGCGAUGCGCUGAAUGUCAUAAGAACACAACUUUUCGAUGUGAAAAAUGUGAUGUUGCCUUACAUGUGAAGUGUUCCGUUGACUAUCACACUGAAUAGCAGGUGUCACCACCUCCUGAGAUAAGAAACAUAGUUUUAUACAUUAUGUACAGUGUAGCAGUGGUUUUGCCUAGUGUUCCAAUUUUGGAACGUCACAUAACAAUGGAACAUAAUUUUUUUUCUCUUCAAAUUUUUGUUCCUUGAAUUUUUCUAGGUAACAUAUAUGAAUUUCAUGCAAAAAUUCAAAAAAUUGUAACCUCAGACAUAAAUGGGUUAAAGAUGUUUUCUUAGAGAGCACAUUGCCUUCUUUUAAAUAACAAAGCUGAGACACAAAUGAAGACUAAUUCUGCUUCCUGCUCUGCACACACCUUUCAUUCUUGGCUCUGGGCAUAAUUGUCUGUAUCAGUCUUAAUUUACUCCAUGAGAUCUGCACUCCUAACUGAGGGUAUUUCAUCUGCUCAGAUGUGCCAAUUAAGUUUACCCAGAUAGACCAUAAAAAGGAAGAUAAGAAAAGUAAAACACCAAGUAUCUCAAUUUAGCAAAUUAGACUAAUCUGUAAGGGAUUCUUAGCUGUCUGAAAUAGAAAACCUAUCAUACUACAGAAUGCAAACUAUAUUAAAUACCCAGCUUGGUGCCUGAAUAUAUUUUUAAAAAUCAAAUUGUACUCAUUGUGCCUCUGUUGUUGAAUUUCUUAAAUGGAUAUUGCAAUAGGUAGAGAAUGAUCUUGAGGUUGAAAUGUCACUCUGUAUUAAGAAUGAUUUAACUGUAUGAUACACAGCCUUUUCCUUACAGACGGUGUAGAUUUAAACUGCUCUGUGUACAAUGAUCCUUGCAACAUAAAAAUAUUACAAUAGAGCAGUAAGGUCUGUUUUGAAUUUUGAGCACCACAGUAGGUGACCUCCUUGAAGUUUUGGAGAGGGCAUGUUUCUUUUAUUAAUAUGAUCUCAGGCAACUAAUAUUUGAUAAUUCCCAUUAAUAUGUGUAUUCUGUCCCUUUUGUGUGUUGGUAUGGGCAGUUGUGUACAUUGAUUUGUCUAGUAUAAAAUGUGUAUUACAUGAUUGUUCAGCCUAUAUUAUGUAUAGUUCAAAGAACUGCUAAACUGAUUUUACUGUUACUUGGAAAAGUUUGCAGGGGUGUAGUGAAGAGUGAGUUUUGACUUACUUUGCACACUAUUAAGGUGGGGAAGGAAUCAUGUUAUUGUACAAAAAUGAAGGCAAUCUUUCCCUUCUUUAAACCUUAGUCCUGAUGUUUUUUUAAGACAACAUUUGGAUUGAAGUUUUAGAAUUUGGUUUGUUCUUGUGCAAUUGCUUUCGUUCUGUGGCAGUUAGAGGACCCUUCGCUGGCACUGUGAGAAAAGGGGUGGUACUAGGGAGUUUGGAAAAUACUUUUUGAAGACAGUAUUAUGUAACAGAUAGGAAUAUAGACUCUGGAACUUGAUUAUCUGGGUUUGAAUCUUUUCCUUAACUCAUUGGUAAUCUUGGACAGCUUCCUUUCUUUCUCCCUGUCUGCUUUAAUUGUUAAAAAAAAAAAAAAAAGAGAGAGAGAGAAUAACAAUAGUAUCGAUAUGGUUUGGUUUUCUGUCCCCACCCAAAUCUCAUCUUGAAUUGUAGUCCCCAUAUGUCAAGGGAGGAACCUGAUGGGAAGUGAUUGGAUUAUGGGGGCGGUUUCCCCCAUGCUGUUCUCAUGAUAGUUAGUUUUCAUGAGAGCUUAUGGUUUUAAAAGUGGAAGUUUUUCCUGUGCUUGCACUCACUUCCUCCUGCCGCCUUGUGAAGAAGGUGCCCUUCACCUUCCACCAUGAUUAUAAGUUUCCUGAGGCCUCCCAGCCGUGCCGAAUUGUGAGUCAAUUAAACCUCUUUCCUUAUAAA